AUGGAAUUCGGAGACAAAAUAAUUCCUUACGACCAUGUUAUAGUGAGAACAAAGCAUUCAUUUGUCUUCACAAACCUCAGGCCAUUUCUUCCUUUGCACAUACUAAUAUCCCCUAUAUCUAAGAAGCAGAGGAUAUAUGAGUUGACAAACGAGGAGACAUCUGAUCUGUUCAAUACUGUAAGGGUUGCGAUGAAAGGGCUCAAAGAUCUAUGCGAUGGAUUUACGUUAGGGGUUCAGGAUGGCCCCUGUGCUGGGCAAACAGUAUUCCACGUCCAUGUGCAUAUAGUUCCAAGAGUAUCCGGAGAUCUUAAGAGAAAUGAUGACAUAUAUGAAAAGGGGGCUUUGGAUUCGGUAGAUAGGCCUGCAAGGGAAUACGGUGAAAUGAAGAAGGAGGCUGAUAAACUUAAAGAAAUAAUUGGUAAAGCAUUUGAUUCCGAGGGCUUGUAUUACCAAAAGACUUUUGGAUGA